UUACUUAUAGCAUGUAUCGAUAAGCCCCAUACUGAUAUGUAGGUCAAACAAUACCAGGAACUCUUAGAUAGUCACAAAUAUGGAUACAGUACUGUUUUGCCUCUGUCUUAUUUCUGGACAAUAUAUUUUGUCAGCCUCAGCGUCCAGAAUACGGUUGGUGAAUGGCCAUGGGGUACCAAACCAAGGCCGGCUGGAGGUCUACGACAAUAUGCUGGGUGUGUGGGGGACCGUCUGUGACGACCUGUUUGACAGGAACGCCGCCAGUGUCGUCUGCGAACAAUUAGGGUACAGCAGGUUAAACGCACAGGUGAGGACCCAAGCCUUCUUUGGUCCUGGAAGGGGGCGUAUCGCGUAUGAUGACGUCAAAUGUUCUGGAUCAGAGACAGACCUGUCUCAGUGUUCGCACGCCAUGAUCAGUGAUUGUACUCACGCAGAGGAUGUAGGAGUCAUAUGUCAGAAUACCUCAACCAAUGCCAAUUGUAAUUUCGAACAAAGCGGAUGUCCGUGGGUGAACAUUCGUGGUGAGAAUUUUGAUUGGAUGGUUCACACCGGAUCAACUCCAUCAUCGGGAACUGGUCCCGUGACCGACCAUACACUCGGAACCUCCUCAGGUCACUACGCUUUUAUCGAAACCAGCUCUCCUCGAAGGCCCGGCGACAUAGCUCGCCUGGUGAGUCCCAGUCUGUCGCAGUCCAACACAAGGUGUCUCCAGUUCUGGUACCACAUGUGGGGCCGAACCAUGGGGACACUAAAUGUGGUGGUGUCUACAUCAUCCGGGAACUCUACAGUGUGGAGUCUGAAAGGAGAUCAGGGAAAUGCGUGGCACCUGGCUCGAGUCCCUGUCACUAGUACAAAGACCUAUCAUGUGGUCCUAGAGGCGAUCGUUGGGUCUAGUUACACCGGCGACAUCGCUAUAGACGACAUCUCUUUCUCCAACGCCUCUUGUUCAGUUUCCCCAUCAGCUGCUGUAGCACAUUUACCAUCACAACCCACUGACUUCCUUGUACGGCUGGUAGAUAACAACGGGAAGGCUAACCAGGGCAGGGUAGAGGUGUUCUAUAACGGCUUCUGGGGCACGGUCUGUGACGACCAAUUCGACCACAACGCUGCCGCUGUUGUCUGUUCAAAGUUGGGAUAUGAAAGCUCAACAGCUCAAGUCAGAACUCGUAACACUUUUGGUUCCGGAAAUGGCACCAUUGUCUUGGAUAAUGUCGUCUGCAAUGGUCACGAGACCGGGUUAGACAAAUGUCGUCACAAUCCGCCAGGUGUCAGUGACUGUUCCCACGGAGAGGACGUGGGUGUCGUCUGUAGUGCUGAGUGCAUGCACGUGAAAGCUGACAUUGUCUUCAUGCUGGACUCUUCAAGUUCCGAAGGAGCGGUCAAUUUCCAAAAGCAGAAAGAUUUCGUGUCUUCCUUCGUGAAUGCCUUGACAAUAGGGCCCUCAAAUGUCCAAGUAGGGGUGAUCACUUUCUCCACGACCGCACGGGUCAAUUUCGAUCUGAAUGACCAUCGGACGAAAUCAACUGUUGUUUCUGCCAUAAACGGAAUCUCUUACCUACAAGGUUCUACUCACACUGAUCUUGGGCUAAAUCUUGCCUGGACCAAAGUCUUCAACCAACUUGGCGACCGCCCUGAUGCUCAGAACAUUCUGUACGUGCUGACAGACGGACAAUCCAGUAACCCCGCGGCCACGGCGGUACAAGCUGGGCAGGUGCGCGAGCACAACAUCAAAACAUACGCCAUUGGCAUUGGGACCAAUGUCAGGAGACCAGAACUUAACAGCAUUGCUAUGAACAGUGCCUACGUGAUUCAAGUGUCCGACUUCUCCAACCUUCAGACCAUCACGGCUAAACUCAGAAACGACCUGUGUUCAGAUGUCCCGGUGACCACCGCCUCGCCUCCUUUGGAUUGUAAAGGAGUAACCUGUCAAGGAUACAACAACACUUGUAUUCUAAGCGACACUGGCCGGAACGGUACUCUUGCAGCCGGCUGUCAACAUGAAUGCCACUAUAUCAUGACCAUUCAAUAUUCGCCCUGUGGGUCAUGGCCGCUCUCAUCCUGUUGUUGCAGAACACAAAGCUGCAUCGACUCCAUCCAAGCCACAACAACCUUCUCUACCACCACUUCAACUACAACAGUUCCAACAACAACACAGGCACCUUGUCGAGAUCACGGACCAGUUGGCUACUGCACCAAUGAAAAGGAUACCAUUUGUAACCCUACGGACGAGCGGGGUUGGGAAUACGCCCAGCACAUGUGUCCAGUCACGUGCAACCUAUGUUCGGAACACCUCCGUCAGGACUGUGAGGACAACGAUAAAAACGGACUCUGUGAACUGAACAGGGACAGUAUCUGUAACGCCGCCAAUCCAGAGAGAAAGGAGUUUGCUAUCAACGCAUGCGCAAAAACUUGCAACAUGUGCAGUGAAUACUAUGCAAUUUACAACGAGAAGCACGAAUUCACAAGCAAAACAACACCGACAACAACCACGCCCACGACAACAACUCCAACGACGACAACAACUCCCACGACAACAACAACGCCCACAACAACGACGACGCCCACGACAACAACAACGCCCACAACAACGACGACGCCCACAACAACAACAACGCCUACGACAACAACCACACCAACUACGACAACAAAACCAACAACCCAGAAGCCGACAUUUCCUUCUACAGCAACACCGACAACAACUGCCCCUGCACCUACAACAUCGACAGCUGCUCCAACAACUACCACUACACCGACGACGACAACAACAACAGUCGUAGAAACAACAACCGAAGAGAACUCCGGAGUUAUUAUUAUUGGUUGAAUGUUUCAUGAUAAGAUCAAAUAAAUGUGAUCUAUUAUGUGAUAGAGGUGUAACGACGUUAAUAAUACUGGGUAUGUUGAAAAGAAAAUUAAAUUUCUCAGACCGGG